AUGGGAGGGGAGGUCCCGGGCUGGGCGGGAUGCCUGGCCCGGGGGCCCCGCCCCCAGAACGGGCCCCGCCCCUCAGAGCUGGCCCCUCCCCCGCAGGAGAAGGGCUCCACCUUCUUGCAGCUGGGCUCCUCCACCGAACAGCAGCUUCAGGUCAUCUUCGAGGUGCUGGAGGAGUACGACUGGACGUCCUUCGUGGCGGUGACCACGCGGGCCCCCGGCCACCGGGCCUUCCUGUCCUACAUCGAGGUGCUGACGGACGGCAGCCUGGUGGGCUGGGAGCACCGGGGGGCGCUGCUGCUGGACCCCGGGGCUGGGGAGGCCGUGCUGGGCGCCCAGCUCCGCAGUGUCAGCGCGCAGAUCCGCCUGCUCUUCUGCGCGCGCGAGGAGGCCGAGCCGGUGUUCCGAGCGGCCGACGAGGCCGGCCUCACCGGGCCGGGCCACGUGUGGUUCAUGGUGGGGCCCCAGCUGGCCGGCGGCGGGGGCUCGGGGGCGCCCGGGGAGCCCCUGCUCCUGCCCGGCGGGGCCCCGCUGCCCGCCGGCCUGUUCGCGGUGCGUUCAGCUGGCUGGAGGGACGACUUGGCCCGGCGCGUGGUGGCCGGCGUGGCCGUGGUGGCCAGAGGUGCCCAGGCCCUGCUGCGGGACUAUGGAUUCCUGCCCGAGCUGGGCCACGACUGUCGUGCCCAGAACCGCACCCACCGCGGGGAGAGUCUGCACAGGUACUUCAUGAACAUCACCUGGGAUAACCGGGAUUACUCCUUCAACGAGGACGGCUUCCUGGUGAACCCCUCCUUGGUGGUCAUCUCCCUCACCAGGGACAGGACUUGGGAGGUGGUGGGCAGCUGGGAGCAGCAGACCCUGCGCCUCAAGUACCCGCUGUGGUCCCGCUAUGGCCGCUUCCUGCAGCCGGUGGACGACACCCAGCACCUCACGGUGGCCACCCUGGAGGAGCGACCCUUUGUCAUCGUGGAGCCCGCUGACCCCAUCAGCGGCACGUGCAUCCGAGACUCGGUCCCCUGCCGCAGCCAGCUGAACCGCACCCACAGGUCUUCAAAAGCCUCCUCCCCAACCGAGAGCGCCGGUGGCCCUCACCUCCCUCCUGGUCCACCCCAGGUGUUCUACCAGCGCGCGGACAUGGCCAUCGGCUCCCUGACCAUCAACGAGGAGCGCUCGGAGAUCGUGGACUUCUCCGUCCCCUUCGUGGAGACGGGCAUCAGCGUCAUGGUGGCGCGCAGCAACGGGACCGUGUCCCCCUCGGCCUUCCUGGAGCCCUACAGCCCCGCCGUGUGGGUGAUGAUGUUCGUCAUGUGCCUCACCGUGGUCGCCGUCACCGUCUUCAUCUUCGAGUACCUCAGCCCCGUCGGCUACAACCGCAGCCUGGCCACGGGCAAGCGUCCUGGCGGCUCGACCUUCACCAUUGGGAAAUCCAUCUGGCUGCUCUGGGCCCUGGUGUUCAAUAACUCGGUGCCCGUGGAGAACCCCCGGGGGACCACCAGCAAGAUCAUGGUCCUGGUGUGGGCCUUUUUCGCCGUCAUCUUCCUCGCCAGCUACACCGCCAACCUGGCUGCCUUCAUGAUCCAGGAGGAGUACGUGGACACCGUGUCUGGGCUCAGUGACCGCAAGUUCCAGCGGCCCCAGGAGCAGUACCCGCCCCUGAAGUUUGGCACGGUGCCCAACGGGUCCACGGAGAAGAACAUCCGCAGCAACUACCCGGACAUGCACAGCUACAUGGUGCGCUACAACCAGCCGCGCGUCGAAGAGGCGCUGGCGCAGCUCAAGGCCGGGAAGCUGGACGCCUUCAUCUACGACGCGGCCGUGCUCAACUACAUGGCCCGCAAGGACGAGGGCUGCAAGCUGGUGACCAUAGGCUCGGGCAAGGUCUUCGCCACCACGGGCUACGGCAUCGCGCUGCACAAGGGCUCCCGCUGGAAACGGCCCAUCGACCUGGCGCUCCUGCAGUUCCUGGGCGACGGUGCGGUCCAGCGCGAGGGGACACGCCCCGAACGGAAGCCCCGCCUUCUCCCCUAG